AUGUCAUCUUAUUGUGGUCUGGACAAAAUGGAUGAGGAUAUAGCAAAUAUAAGCCAGGACUCAGACAUGGAUAAACUGCAGAAACAGCUAAGAAUACUGGGUAACACAAGGAGAGUCACUAUGGAAGAAAUCAGAAAUAUUGUUCGGAAACAAGUAGCUGAAUAUGAUCAACUGAAGAAUGAUAAUGAAGAAGUGAAACUAUUACUGCAAUUAGUGCAAAGUGAGCGGUAUGAGAAAGCUGAUUCGAAGAUUCAUAAGAAUUUAUAUCAACUUGCAGACACAUAUGAUAAUAUUCAGAGAAAACUUUUGGAAACCAAAAAAAUUAUCACUCAAUUAGAUAAAGCAAUCAAUAGUUUUCAAAAAUCAGCUGGGUUAAAGCGUCAAAUAUCAGAAGUGGAUCUGAAACUCAAGAAGCAAGAAUCAUUAGAAAAACGUGCCAAUGUCACAGAGGACCGUUUACAAAGGCAAAUGGCAUACUUCCACAAGCAGCUAUCUCACAACAUCAAGUUGAGAAAAGAAAUUGAUAACAUUCGGCAAGAACGGAAAACUUACGAACAAAUUUAUAGUCGGAUGUUUAAUGAAUUGAAUAGCAUACGCAAAGAUAGGAAUGCCAUGCUCUCUGAUGCCACACAUUUUUACAAGGAAAGUGCUGCUGUUGCUGUUUUUGGUGCUUCUGCUCUUGAUACUGAUGCUUUUGAUGCUGCUGUUGUUUUUGUCAUUGAUGCUGAUGUAGCAGUGAAAUCAAUGUAUAGACAGCUCUUAGAUGAAGUGAAAGACUUUGCUACAGCUGGGCAGCAGCUUGAAAUAUAUGAUAAAGCCCUUCGAAGAAUUGAAGAAAUUACUGGAUUAACAGAUACUGAGUCAAUUAUCAGUAAUUUUAAGGCUAAUGAAGAAGAGAAUUUCUCUCUCUUUAAAUAUAUUAAUGAACAAAACACAGAGCAUGAAAAUCUAACAGAAAGCAUCAGAGAAUUACGUCAGAACAUAUCAGAAUUGGAAGAGAUCAGUGAAAACUUGCAAACUAAGCAAGAGGAUAAAAUUCUUUCUGUUAAGGACAAAAUUUCAAAAUCAAGUCAGCACUGUGACAAGCAAAGACAUUCUCUGACUGAAAGGAGGAAAGUGUUUGAAGAAUUCUACCAUGGAAUGGAGUCAUUAUAUAAUAUUCUUCAGUGUCCUUCAUUCACUUCAUUCAGAAGAGAUUCCUUACCAAAUGAUUCAAAAACUGAUGAAAAGGCCAUUCAACAUCUCAUGAAUGGAAUUGAUCAGAAAGUCUCAAAAUUAAUAUUUAUCAACCAGUAUUUAGAAACUUUGAGUGGAGAUGAUCUCAAUAGUCAAGAGUGUAUUAGUGGGAGGUGA